UUUGCUUGCAUUGGCCCCAAUGGUUCCCUCUCAAUAAAUUUAAAUUUCUUUGUUGGUGUAACGUUAAAAGUUGAAUUUUAGAAGGUGAAAGAUAUGUGGGAAAUCAUCAAGUACAUGGUCCAGUGCUCAUCAAUCCCGCAAUCGGAAGAUCCGAUAAAGACCCGAAACACCAAGCCGGUGAUUCUGAGCUUAGUGCGUCAAGGCCAGAAAUACCUAGAGGACAGGUACAAGACGUUCAUGAAUAGCAUAAUUACGGAAAAUCUCACGCACGCCGGAAGAGGCGGAAUCCCAGGCACGUACCCAUUGGUAAAGAGCUUCGUGGGGCUCAGAUUGCAGGGGGAAUAUUUGGGCUUAAAGGACGGGAUGAUUGAUGAUCGGCCUCUUUGGCCUAUGGUGUAUUACUGCUUGAGAUCGGGCGAUCUCCCAGCUGCAAUCCACUGCCUGAAGAAAAGCGGCCUAACCGAGUACAACGAGAUAAUUUCCUUACUGGAGGCAAAGCUGGGCAACCCAAAUAACCCCAAUAUUCCCAAGCUGGAGGACAGUAUUAGGUUUUCCUAUAGAAGAUUCGUUCGGAACGAAACCGAUCCUUUCAAGAGGAUCACAUGGUCGGUUUUGGGCUGUUGCGAUAUUUCUGAUGAACAUUCAGAAGUCGCCCGAACUGCCGACGAUUAUCUUUGGCUGAAACUCAGCCUGGUGCGAGCAGAUAGUUCUAAGGAAGACUCCAUCAAGUACAGUGAUCUUCAGCAAGUUAUCUUGGAGGAGUAUGGAGAGUCGCAUUACGAUGCCUUCAAUCAGCCCCAUUUGUACUUUCAAGUGCUGGCGCUCACUGGCCAGUUUGAGGCAGCAAUUGAGUUCCUAGCCAGAAUCGAGAGGUUCAAGGUGCAUGCUGUUCAUAUGGCGAUUGCUCUGAACGAGCUGUAUUUACUGGCUGGGCCUCAUGACACUAGUGCACCUCUUCUUUUCAUCGACCCCGCGGACCCAAAGCCGGCCAGACGAUUAAAUCUGGCGCGCUUGAUAAUGAUUUAUGUGCGAUCUUUCGAGUUUCACUGCCCCAAUGAAGCACUCCACUAUCUGUAUCACCUGAAGAACUAUACAGAUUCCGAAGGUCAAAGUCUUUUUAAGGUUUGCGCUGUGGAUUUGGCGCUGGAAACGAAGGAAUACGCACAACUACUAGGAACAGUUGAUGGGAACGGGAUCAGGAACAAAGGCUUGAUUGAUCAGUUUAUUGAUACGCAUGUCACUGCAGUGAGUGUGGCCGAAACCAUUGCGGCUAAUCUAGUGAACAAGGGCCUGUACGAAGACGCAAUUGCGCUGUUUGAUAUAGCCAAUAACCAAGAGGGAAUUUUGACGUAUUUAUGCACCAUGUUGUCCCAAGUGGUUCAGCUGGAGGGCGACCCCAACUCUUUGAGAACCAGAUUGAAGAACCAGGCCUUUUACUAUGCUGAGCGCAUUUCCAGAGAAGGCUUCAAGUCGGAGCGCUCGGAUUUGAAGUUUUCCUUUUUCACCCUCAACAGACUGAUUACGUUCUUCGAUCUGUACUAUGAAAAAGAGUUCCCACAGGCCUUAAAGGUUUUAAAUGACAUAAAACUGGUGCCGUUCAGAGAGGAAGAGCUCAAAGACCGCGUGUUCGAUGUUACCCACAAUUUAACUUCGAAUGUUGCCAAAGUUAUUCCGGAUGUGCUCCUGACGACGAUGAACAUGCUGUUUGCUCAGUAUCAAAAAAUUAAGUCUAAUGUUGAGUUCAUUCCGCGGUUCCAAGAAGGGCCUUUGGAAGCACAAAUGUCUUAUUUGAGGCAACAGGCCAAGACUAUCACGAAUUUCGCUGGGAUGCUUCCAUAUAGAAUGCCAGGCGACACAAACAGCAGACUGGUGCAGAUGGAAAUUCUGAUGCAUUAAUUAGAUGUUUUUUAUUACUGAAUAAACGCCGUUUCUUGA